AUGCAAGACACUUUCGUAUUGCACAACGUCCGCUUCGAGCACUAUCAGCCUCAAUACGCAACAGGACGUGCGGAGACGCGACCAAGGAUAUCUUGGCAGUUCAUAGGCAGUCUACCGGGAAAUGGCCUACAAAACAGGUUCGAGAUCGAAUGCUACGACCUCACCCACAGCGGUCUCAAGCUAUCGAAUGUCUACCCCGUUCAAUCCAGCUCAGCUGUGCUCAAUGCAUGGCCUUUCGAAGAGGACCUCCAGUCUCGACAAAGAAUCGCCGUAAGAGUGAGGGCCGAGAUUGAUAGUUUUUGGUCUCCUUGGAGUACUCCAUCCGCGUACGAAGUUGGGCUCCUGUAUCGCAAGGACUGGACAUGCGAACGGAUCGUUGCUGCAGCCUAUAAUCGAACUGAAAACUCCCCGCAGCCAGAGCAAUUGCUGCGCAAAGAUUUUACGACGCGCCAACAGGUGCAGAUCAUCGACGCCAGGCUCUACGUAGUCGUGCAAGGAGUCUACGAAGCUGAGCUAAACGGUCAACGUGUCAGCGAAGAUUUCCUCGCGCCAGGUUGGACCAAAUACGACAGACAUAUUCGCUACCAGACCUACAACGUCACUGACCAGCUUUCUGCAUCCAAUAGUCAUCAUUGCAUUGCCUUCCGCCUCGCCGAGGGAUGGUUUUGUGGUCGUCUAGGGUUUUUCGGUGGCCAGCGCAACAGAUGGGGCGAUUUUCCUACACUUAUGGCGCAGUUAGAGAUCUACUAUGCAGAUGGUGUGAACGACGUCUUCGCUACUGAUUCUUCCUGGCUCUCUUGUCUCGGUCCGACGAGGCUGGCCGAACUCUACAACGGGGAAAAAUACGACGCUAGGCUAGAGAAGCACGACUGGUCGCGACCAUCUAAGCAACCUUUACCUGAAGAUUGGCAGCCAGUAGAGACUUUAGAAAGUUUGCCUGCCGAAAUCCACAUCGUCGCUGGGUGGGGAGAGCCCGUACGCAGGAUCGAAAUUGUGGAACCGGUAGCAUUGAUCAGAACUCCAUCUAACAGGAUCAUUAUCGACUUCGGACAGAACCUUGUUGGUCAUGUCCGCCUCAAGCUGUUCCAGGGCGUUGAAGGCGUAAAGGUGUCCCUCUGGCAUGCAGAGGUCCUUGAACAUGGCGAGCUCGGUCGGCGGCCACUGCGUAUUUGUGAAGCGCUCGACGAAUAUACCUGUAGCGGCAGGCCAGAUGGUGAGACAUGGGCUCCUCGGUUCACAUUCCAUGGCUUUAGGUACUGUCAGGUCGACGGUUGGCUACACAGUGAGGAAAACCUCAAGGCCCACGUAGAAGCGGUUGUUUGCCAUACAGACAUGCAAGCUGCAGGCUCGUUCGACUCUUCUGAUCCUCUGGUCAAUCAGCUUUACAAGAACACUGUUUGGAGCAUAAAAGGCAAUUUCUUCUCUAUUCCAACUGAUUGCCCGCAAAGAGACGAGAGACUUGGUUGGACUGGGGACAUCGCUUUAUUCGCGCCUACAGCUACCAAGCUGUAUGACUGCUUUGGCAUGUUAAAAGAUUGGAUGGUGGAUGUCAAGUAUGAUCAGGAAGAACGUGGUGGCAUCCCUGCCCUGGUAACGCCUGACGUGCUGAAUAACGUAGGCUUCUGGGGCAAGGUACUACCAAUUGCCAUCUGGCACGAUGUCAUCAUCCUUGUUCCAUGGGCGCUAUAUGAAGAUUCUGGUGACGAAGAAAUCCUUCGGAUGCAUUACGGUAACAUGGUGACUUGGCUGACGAAGAUCCCUCGCAAUGAAGAUGGUAUACUUUGGGAUUCGGAUACAUUCCAAUUAGGCGACUGGCUUGAUCCAACAGCCUCACCGCAUGAGCCAAUGAAUGGGCAGUCGGAUCCUAUACUUGUUGCAGACGCUUUCCUGGUGCGCUGCCUAGCUUUGGUAGCCAAGAUAGGUGCUAUAUUAGGUGACACGGAAGCUGCGCGAAGAUACUCCGACGAAGCAACAACAGCGCGCGAACGGUUCGCCACACAGUAUAUCACACGCUCCGGACGUGUUGUAUCAGACUCACAAACUGUUAUUUCACUCGCAAUCUGCUUCGACCUCUUCUCAACAUCUGAGCAAGUACAAGCUGCAGGGCAGCGGCUGGCCACCAUUGCACGACGCAACAACUUCAAGAUUGCGACGGGUUUUGCUGGCACGCCUUUCAUUCUGGAUGCAUUGGUCAAGACCGGUAACGUGCAGGUUGCCUAUUCGAUGCUACAAGCUCGCGAAUGCCCCUCAUGGCUGUAUCCCAUUACUCUAGGCGCGACCACGAUCUGGGAACGCUGGGAUAGCAUGUUGCCCGACGGCUCCAUCAACUCUGGCGAAAUGACUUCAUUCAACCACUACAGCCUUGGCGCGGUGACCUCCUUCCUGCACCAGACGCUUGCAGGCCUGCAGGUCGUUGAGCCUGGCUGGAGAAAGAGCCGCGCAGCGCCUACGCUCGGUGGAGGCUUCACCCAUGCCAGCUCCACGCACCAAUCGCCUUAUGGGCUCGUGAGAUGCUCUUGGACUCUGGACGGCGCUCGCCUUUCUGUCACAGUUGUUGUACCGCCGCUCACGAGCAUGGAAGUGGUUGUUCCAUCAAGUCAGACCGAGAGGAAAGUUCACGUUGUUGGGGCUGGAGAAUGGAAUUUCGAGAGUACGUACCAUGACGGCUGUGACUGGCCAGUGCGCCCAAUUCCUGUUUUUCCGGAAGAAUGA